AUGGCUAAAAGAGGUAGAAAGCAGGUAUUUAAAGAUUCAGCCAGGGUUGUCUCUAAGUCGGAAGCAAGCAAUAUGCGAAAAGGUGAAAAGGAGCCCUCGUUGGACCAAAACUUAAUAAUUCCACUGUUGAAACUGCCCAGUGUGGACCUGUGUAUUUCGAACACUUAUCCAAUUACCUGUAUUAAGCCCAAAGUGGCAUUACCGUAUCUAAAAGAGCUCGAAACUGGGAAAGAAGAGGCUUUUUGUGAAUCCUCUGACCCUGAUAACAGCCUCGAUGGCAGCUUUGGCAGUGGUUCUAAAGAAGAAGGAACAAAAAGCAAGUUGCACGCGUUACGAGGCCAGCUGUACCUGAUGAACCUUCUGCACAGGAUCAUAAAAAUCGGUUACUACAACAAGAGGGAGAUUUUGUCGCUGUACAACUUCACGACUAAAAAGAACACGAUGUUGCACCCGAGCUUCGUCAACGACAACACCGUCAAGACGCUCAUAAAGUCGAGGCUGUCGAGGCUCUCGAACUAUAAAUUUUCACGCAUCAGGCCGUUAUCGCAUGAUUCUCAGGACGCCGCUUCACUCGGCAGUGACGACGCCUUGUGUUUCGACAACAGCACGUUUAGUAUGUUGGACACCUUCUUUAUACACAACAAGGGCCCGGUUAUUAGGAGAAUAUCUCAACCAGGGCACGAUGACGCACUCAGCGAGGAGCGAAUGCUAUCAAAUUUACUGAAAGGGAAGUUGUGUAACGGCAAGGACUGCACGGUCUUCAACAGAUUUAUCCUCUCGAUUCUACUGAUUAACAAGUACGACUUCCUGCCCCCGAACUUCAUAAAUGUAAUGUUGUCCUCGCGGAGAGUCAGCGAGUGCGACUUCUAA